UGGUACCUGCAAGCGGAUGGUGUACCUGGCUGCAUCUUUUCAAGGCCAACCACGUUGUGGGUUUAGAAAUUGCAUCCCCAAUCAAAUGUCCAGGCCUAUGUUUCGUCAUUCAAUUACUGUACACAAUCAGUCUUUCUCUCAAAUGUCCAAUUACCGCAGGUGGCCAAUCUUUCGAAAUCCUUGUGCUACCUUUACGUCAUUUGUUGAAUGUACAUUCCAUCAGUUUCAUCCGCCAGCUCAGCGAUCAAGAACAUAAAACAGGGGAGCUCAUUGGAGUCCAAUACCUGUUGAGGCAGAGUCAACAGCCCCUGGAGGACAUGACCCCUGGCUCAGACAGGACCUCAGAGUUGCUGGAGGACAUCACCAUGGAGGAACAAGAGAAAGAUGACGAAGGCUUUAUUGAUACCUUGGGAGAGGAGGCCAUUGUUGAAAAUCUAGUGGCGCCAGAUGAUGAGCUGCCCUCUGCCCUGCUGCCCACUCACCUGCACGCUCACCUGCUGUCGCCUGCUCCAUCUGUGCCCAGUGCUGUGCCCUCCUCUGCAGCCAGUGCCCAGUCUCAGUCCGCUGCACUGUCCUCUCACCUGCUGUCGCCUGCUCCAUCUGUGCCCAGUGCUGUGCCCAGUGCUGUGCCCUCCUCUGCAGCCAGUGCCCAGUCUCAGUCCGCUGCACUGUCCACUCACCUGCUGUCGCCUGCUCCAUCUGUGCCCAGUGCUGUGCCCUCCUCUGUGCCCAGUGCUGUGCCCUCCUCUGCAGCCAGUGCCCAGUCUCAGUCCGCUGCACUGUCCACUCACCUGCUGUCGCCUGCUCCAUCUGUGCCCAGUGCUGUGCCCUCCUCUGCAGCCAGUGCUCAGUCUCAGUCCGCUGCACUGUCCACUCACCUGCCCACUCACCUGUUGUCACCCCAUUGGCCCACCCACCUGCAUACACACAGAAAAAACCCACCCAAGCACCUGCAGACACAAAGCGCAUGUAUGCACUGUGACCUCAAAUGCAUGUCGUAAAUGUGGCCAGUUUCGCACACAGUCAGUAUAAAGGCAAAAUAUUUUACCCAAACACU